GAUCUGUAGUAAUACUGCACUAAUUCCACAAUGUCAACACUUUAAACAUUUUCCAUUAGCUAUUUUCUUAAUGYCAGCAGUAAUUCCAAGAAAACAAAUAUUGUCUUACGUGCAAUGAAUCUAGGGCAAAGCUGUCUCCAUGUAAGUGUCAGGCUCUCUUUGUUUUUCGCUAUUUUCGGGCAUUUKUAGUUAAUUUGUCAUGAAAAGACUCUCGGAGGCUCGGCAUUUCUGCUAUUGAACUUCACAGCCAGGGUAUUUAUCCUAUCUUUGUGACGAAGUUAAAUAGAAAAUUGUUUCUAUAACASUAAACUGUAGCCAGAAUAACAGGUGCACUGGCGUUUCGAUGUUGAAAAUUUGCAUAUUUUAUCGCUCGCCGUUUCACUUUACUUAGUAUACGAGCGGUCACACAGUAAACAGCUCUCAAAAAGCUCAUGUUAUAAUCUUAACUUCACAUCGCUAGCCUUCACGGGUCUUAACGAGGAUUUGGCGAAUACUUAGCUUUGAAUUAUGGCGUAUCAGAGAACGGAAUAUGCGGAUAAGACUUUGUCGAUGAAUUCUCUUGCUGAUCGCAAACUUCGUAUAAAACUUGGUUCAAUCGAUUCACACAAAGAAACCAUUGAAAAGGAAAUGAAAAGAGAACGCAAAAAACUUGAACGAGAACUCGGUGGAAUGGAUGAACAGCGGACUAGACUAACGGUGUCUGAUAUUGGAGAUACUACGAACCGAAGUCCUCGUUUCACGAGGCGAUAUAGCACACCGCCUGAAUUACUUUCUGCAACUCUUCCRCCUUCAUUAAGCGAUCCAAAGAGAUCUCCGUUAACUACUCGAAGACGACUUGGUUCUGAUGGUGUGUCUGAGCGUCUGCAUAAUAACACCCCUUCACCGAUCUCACCAACAUCCAUGAUGUUUCUAAAAGCUCCAUUUGAUCAGCCCAGAAGACAAUCUUUGCCUCCAAUUGGAGACGGAGGGCUGUUAAGUGCAGAAAAUUGUUCUCGACGUGAUCGUAGGGGUAGCCAUACUGGAGGGACAAGAAGUCCUUUAUUGACCAGUCCCACUACGUCAGGUACAUCUACACCGAGGAGUCUUUCUCGAAAAGGUAGUUCCUUAAACGAACAUGAGAUGAGCGAGGUAACGGCAAAAGUGAGUCGCUUUUUGCAGAAAAUCGACAACAACAAAGAACAAAUCGAUGAGAAAAAGAAAAAUGCCCAGAAUGAUGUAUGCGAAAUGAACAAAAAUGAGGAGRAAUUUGAUCGUUGUCAGAUGGAAGAAUUACAAAAGUUAUCUAUUAGUAAAACUCAAGGAGUUUUUCAACCUUUAAACUUUGAAUAAAUUUCAGCAUAAGUUUCUUAAUAGCUUUAAAAAACAAAUUUGUGAAACCCCGUUGAGUACACCAGCUCAAAAAGGCUUAUACAAGACCCAUAUUUGGAGCACUGGUCAUCUUAAUUUUAAGUUGUUCUAAUCUAAUAGCGAUAAGUUGUCAGUAUUGAAGCGCAACGGUGCACAGUAUUCCGUGAGAGACACCAACAUAUAUAAUUUUAUUGACGCAGUUAUACUAUAAUUCAAGCUCAAGACGCUGCGUUCAAUGAGUGUAAUUAAAGAGUCAGUUUUGAAGUACAGGAAAAUCACAAAGUCGUUUAUGAAAUCUGUUCUUAUUUCAAAGAUAAAAUACAAAGAAAAUAACGCACG